CGGUACACGGUAGUCGUAGUCGGCAAACAGCAUGUAAUCUCUUGUAAAUCACAAUUUACAUUAUAGUCAAUAGUCAUUACUCACUUUUUUUACUUAAGCUUUUUGCUAACAACUAAAAAACUGUACAAAAACAUAGUGCAGUGUUAAUAUUUGUUCUAUUUCCAAUAAAAUGAUAUUAAACUCAUUUCGUACGUUGUCUGUAGCUCUGUACAAAACAGCAAGCAGUUUUCCAGUCGUAAAACAUGUAGUGCAUAACACCAGUAGAAAUGUAUACACCAGUUUUAUCAGGUAUAAUGAAACUUUAUCGGAACAGGUUUCGGAAUCUUAUGUAAAACGUGAUCCUCUAAGAGAUCGCAGUACAAUUAUACCAGUUGAAACUAGUAUCGAAUAUUUAAAAAGUGACGCCUACAAAUCUACUUACGGAAAUAAUCCAGUAUGGAAAGAAUAUCGUAGAAAUCAUAAAGGAAGUAUUCCGCCAAGGAAAACUAGAAAAACAUGUAUUAGAGCCGAUUUGAUUACUUCUGGUAAUCCAUGUCCAGUAUGCCGUGAUGAAUAUUUAGUUCUUGAUUAUAGAAACAUUGAACUACUCAAACAAUUCAUUAGUCCUCAUUCCGGUCAAGUAUUGUCCUAUAAGUUAACAGGGAUAUGUCAAAAACAGUAUGAGAAACUACUUAUUGCAGUGCAAAAAGCCAAAGACUGGGGAUACAUUAAGUUUGACCUACCAAUAAAAACGUAUAAUUAUGAUGAGUAUAAAAACGAAAAGUAAACAAUAAAUAGACUUUUACUUUAAUCUAUGUACCAUGUUGUUAAUGUUUAAAAACGCUAGGUAGGUUUUUUAAAUACUACAUAAAAACCAUGUAUAUUUUAAAGCUAGAUCAAUAGAAAUUAUAAUAAUGUAUUGUACUAUUAUCAAUAUUUUAUUGCAUUUUAAUAUACACAACCGUAGUAAAUUUAUCAUAUAUUAUUAAAAAUGGUAUUACAAUUUAUAUUAAUACAGUAUAUAAUUAAUUCA